CUAGAGAAGUAGAGACCAAACAGAUAACAGCAAUGGCGAAUGGUCCACCCAGUAAAAUGUCCUCGGAGUCCAAGGCGUCGGACCGGCAACACCAGAACGUCAAAUUUGCGCGGCGGACAUCCAGCGGCCGCAUUGUCAGCCUGUCCCGGGACGAUGACAUCGAGUCUACCCAAGAAAACGAUUACAUCAACUACACCGUCAUGCUGCCACCAACCCCAGAUAACCAGCCUGGGAGUGCACGUGAUAAGCCUGACGGUCCCGGCCCAUACGGCUCGACCAGCAGGUUCGGGGCAGAGGCGCAGCGGGGUGAAGGCGAGUCGGUAGGUAGCGGCAGGGGCGUCGGCAAUGCGUCUGGGAAGGUGGACCGCCGGAUGUCACUGAUGAAGAACAACAAUAAAUCGAUGUUGCUAAGGAGCCAAACCCAAGAUUGGGAUCAUAACCGUUGGUUGUUUGAGACAAAAGGGAGGUACGGGAUAGGAAAUGCCUACUGGCAGAACGAUGAGAACUCUUAUGACGACACGGGGGUGACCAUGUCAGAUUUUAUGGACAAACCUUGGAAGCCUCUCACCCGCAAGGUUAAGAUUCCAGGAGGAGUCAUUAGCCCAUACAGGCUACUCAUUGUGGUCCGUUUGGUAGUGUUGAUCUUCUUCCUAGUAUGGCGAAUCCAAAACCCUAAUCCAGAAGCAAUGUGGCUUUGGGGACUGUCGGUGGUCUGCGAAUGUUGGUUCGCUUUCUCCUGGCUUCUUGACAUUCUCCCCAAGUUCAACCCCAUCCACCGUCAAACCGAUCUGGGAGCCCUAAAAGAGAAGUUUGAGACUCCGUCUCCCUCUAAUCCCCUUGGCCGUUCUGACCUUCCGGGAAUCGAUCUGUUCGUCUCAACUGCCGAUCCGAGAAAGAACCCCCUCUGGUCACUGCUAACACCGUCCUUUCCAUCCUCGCCGUUGAUUACCCAGUCGAGAAGGUCGCUUGCUACAUAUCCGACGAUGGUGCCGCUAUCCUCACCUUUGAGGCCAUGGCCGAGGCUAUCAAAUUUGCCGAGGUCUCUUUUAACCAUUCCAAAA